AGAUCUUUUUCGUAUUUUUUUCCUUUUUUCUUUUUUAUAUUAUAUCUUUAAUACAAAUAAUAAACAUGUCAAAAUCAGUACGCUUUAACAAUUCCGACACAAUCAUCAUCACUUAUAGUGCAGACGAAUAUGAUAGAUCUUGCUUUGCUUCUGUUAUUCCCACAUCAUAUACCUUUCGCCCCUCAUCCAUUCCUACAACAGUCAUUACACAAGUAGUCACUGUGCCACAAUCUCGGCCUGUAAUUAAACCGCUUGAUUUGUCAGUGAUUCCUAAUUCAAGAAGACGAGUUUUAGAUUCACCUAUCACUCCCACUGAUGCUGACUUGAAGAAAUUAUCAAACAAAAAGCCAAGAUUAUCUAUUAAUACACAAUCAUUAACACCGCUAUUCUUUUCUGGAUUAUCAACCCAUUAUAAAUGCAAAGAUGGUGAAGAAGAAGAGCAUGGUUAUUUGAUCCCUGUUAUGUCCUGUUAAUAAUAAUAUUCCCCCCACCCUCCAUAUACGAAGUCAAAAAAAGUUGUAUCUUCUCUCUCUCUUUCCCCACUGUAUACUGUAUAUACGCCUGUCUUUUACCCUGCAUUUUUUAAAAACAAAAAUAAACUCUUUAGCAUUACUUUUUUUUAUUUAUAAAUAAU